ACAUAUAGUUUAUGAGUUAUGAACGCGCGAUAAACUGAAUAAAUAGAAAAACAUAAACAAAGACUUGCAGGGAAGACGAGAACCGAGACUGAAAGAAGAAGAAGAAGAAGAAAACCUAAACGACCGGACAUAUCCAAGCCCUCGCCACCUUUUAGGAUUCAAGUUUAAAAGAAGAGGCCCAAGUCAAACGCAUGGGAGUUAUUGCGCUUUCUGGUUCACUGUGAUAUAACUAAGUCUGUUUGUGAAUAUAUUACAGGAAAGGAUUUAGAACAUUCUGGGCAGUCACCGACAGCCCUGCAGGGCACGGGGGAUUUCACUGGCAGUUAUUUGCCUACAAAGAAAUGGACCCCAGCCGCUACGGUCUUCAGCAAGAAUGGGAUAAUAACAGCGCUCUGGAGGGGUAUGGUGGAGUCCAUGAGCCAAACUAUCGGGUUGGUGGUUCAUAUGAUGAUAGGAGGUUUCAUGAUGAAAGAUACACAAGGGAUAAUGUCUACCAAAGAAAUGCUUUUGACCGGGACAUUCUAGAGAGGGAAAACUAUCCACCACCUCCUGCUGUUGGUCUUUGGCCUCAGUCAAGAAGGCGAAGUUAUGAAGAAGAGUAUCCCCUUGACAGAGAUUCAAGGAGACAUGAGAAAACAUAUGUGGGUUCUUACCAUGAGAUGGAUACUUUUCGUGAUCGUGAGAUUGAUUCAUACCAGGAACUUGAUAAGUUCCGUGAUGGCUAUCGCAACACGGAAAACUAUUAUGAUCAUGGGUUUGACAGGGGUGCUAGGUUUGGGGGACGUGAUCGAGAUGAUUAUGCAUAUGAUGACUAUGAUUACAGGCCUCAUGUUUCCAGUAAAAAUAGGGAGGACAGCCAUGAUAGAGAUUAUGAAUAUGGUCGACAUAGUUAUGAUUCAGACUAUGAGGGAAGCAGUAAGAGAGAGGGAAAUUGGAGGAAGCAUGAGUCUCAUGAUCGAGAACGUAAUAAGAGAGGUUUGAGUUGGGAAAGAGAUAAGAGUCCACAUAAACGGCAUGAACGUUCUCGUUCUCGUGGACGUGAUGAUCGUCUUAGAUCAAGGUCCCCUCGAGGUCGGAGUCAUGGGCGAAGUCAACGGGAAAACAACUACAAUGAAAGUCAACAUGAGAGGACUGAAAGGUGGAGAGAUCAUGAGGAGAAGCGUCAACGAGGCAACUACACAGUGGCACCAUCUGCAACUGUUGUUGUGAAAGGUCUAUCUCAGAAGACAACUGAGGAAGACUUGUAUCAGAUGCUUGCUGAAUGGGGUCCCCUUCGCCAUGUCCGUGUGAUCAAAGAGCGGAAUUCUGGCAUUUCUCGUGGAUUUGCUUUUAUUGAUUUUCCAUCUGUGAAUGCAGCUUGUGCUAUGAUGGAUAGGAUUGGGGAUGAUGGUCUUGUUGUGGAUGGCAGGAAACUGUUCUUCGAGUAUAGUAGUAAGCCAACUGGGGGGGCAGGGGGACCAUUUGGCCAAGAAAAUGCUAUGAAAUCGGGCCAUAUCAACCAUAGAAGCAUUACGGUACCAUCUGAUUGGAUGUGCACCAUCUGUGGUUGUGUCAAUUUUGCGCGGCGAACAUCCUGUUUUCAGUGUAAUGAGCCAAGAACUGAAGAUGCACCACCGGCAGAUGUAGCUCUGUCAAAUCCAACUUCUUUAGGAAGGAAAGGAUUUGAGGCAGGUCCUACUCAUGUAUUGGUUGUUCGUGGAUUGGAUGAAAAUGCUGAUGAGGAGAUGCUUCGUUAUGAGUUUUCUAAACAUGCUCCAAUUAAGGAUCUUCGUCUUGUUCGAGACAAAUUUACUCAUGUUUCAAGGGGAUUUGCAUUUGUGCAUUUCCAUUCAGUUGAAGAUGCCACUAAGGCUCUUGAAGCAACUAAUGGAACAGCUCUUGAGAAGAAUGGACAGAUAUUAAGGGUAGCAUAUGCAAAGAGCAUUAUUGGUCCAGGAUCUGGGGCAUCGGGACAUUCACAGUCAAGCAGCCUUGCAGCUGCUGCAAUUGAGGCGGCAGCAUUUGCCCAACAGUAUGAUGCUGUUGGAUGGGCACCAAAGGAGUAUAACCCAGAUGAUAAAUCUACAAGUGGGCAGGAACAAGAUGGUGGGGAGGCUGCUGUUCAAAAGGAUGGUUCCACUACACAGUCUGGCUUUGUAUGGGAUGAAGCAUCUGGUUAUUACUAUGAUGCUGCUUCUCGGUUCUACUAUGAUGGAAAUACAGGCCUUUAUUAUGAUGGUAACAGUGGGAUCUGGUAUUCCUUUGACCACCAAACUCAGCAAUAUAUCCCUUGCACGGAUCAGAAUGACAAUCAGACUUCUGAUAAACUGUCUGAGCAUUCCAAGCCAUCAGAUACUUCCAAUAAUAGAAAAGUAAUAAUCUCAGCACCAGCUGCCACUAUUACAUCUGCUGAGAAGGUUGCUUCAUUACCUGAUGCAGUCCAGGCUGCUGCUACAGCAGCAUUAGCUGCAGAGAAGAAAGAGAAGGAGAAGUCCAAAGAGAUAAAGCUUGCUUCAAAAAGCAGUAUUUUGGCUAGCAAGAAGAAAAUGAACAAUGUAUUGACAAUGUGGAAGCAGAGGAGUUAUGAAGGGCAAGCAACUCGUGUUACUGUUGAUGACAAUCAGCCAUCUGGUUUAGCGGAUGACAGGUCUUUUUCGGUUGGACAAGCCACAAAGAGCAAGUUCAAAUCUGAUGCGAUGACCACGAAGGAGAGUGCUGUGUCCCCUUCAGGAAUUAUCAUAAGCACCACAGUUGCCCAGGCUGGUUUGGACUCUCCAGUCAAGCCAAGACCUGUAAGUAAUAGCUCAGGGGGAACUCUGAUGGGGGUCAUAAGGGGCUCUGGGCGAGGUGUUGUGAAAUCUGAUGCUUCAUAUUCAGGAUCAUCCAGUGGAGUUUCUACCUUCACUGCUACCGCUGGUUCAUCAACAAAUGCAGAUACAUCUGCAAUCAUGACUCCCUUCAGGACAGAUGCAUCAGCAUUGGGUUCUUACGCAACACCUGCAUCCACUGGGAGUGGCAAGAGGAGGUUUUCUGAGAUGCCGCUUUCUUCGGCUUCUGCUCGCAAGGAGAAUUCUCAGUCUACCUACAGGGAUCGUGCAGCUGAAAGGAGGAGUUUGUAUGGUUCAUCAUCUUCUAUGGGAGAUGAUCGGCCUGAUAUUGGGUUUGGGGAUUCAGAUCGGGAUUUGCCAUUCAAAAAGGGUUCUUCAGAUUCAAUGCCUUUCCCACCUGGUGUUGGUGGAGGACUUGGGACUGGAGAUGUAAACGUCAAUGCUCAGAGUUAUGAGGUGAUUACAGCAGACAGGGCUAUUGAUGAGAGCAAUGUGGGCAAUAGAAUGCUCCGCAGUAUGGGCUGGCAUGAAGGCUUGGGAUUGGGGAAGGAUGGAAGUGGAAUGAUAGAACCAGUACAAGCAAAAGCCAUGGAGAAUCGAGCAGGACUUGGGAGUCGGCAGAAGAAAUUGGAUCCUAGUCUUGAGGUGCAGGCUGGGGAUAGUUAUAAAACUCUCAUUCAUAAGAAGGCACUUGCUCGGUUCCGGGAGAUGUCUGAUACUUAAGUAGGUGAUGAAUGAGAUGAUCAGUGUACAGCUUAUGUGUUGCCAAUUGCCAAAUGAUUCAGCUUAGAAGCUGAGGGUAGAAGUUAUGGUAUUGUGCAUAAAGAAAUGCAUUUUAGGUGAUUCGAUGCCGAUUUAUAUUUUGGAAUUAAAUUUCUUUCUGUAAGAACCAGGUUCUGUAGAUUUGUAAAAAUUCAUAUUUGCAGAAGUUUGGGAAUUUUGGUUAAAUUAUUGAGUCGUUUUCUCAAGACAAUCCAUGUACUGGACUUUGUAUUUUUGCAUUUCGUUGUACGGAUUAUGGAUAAAAAAAAGGGAAAAAAAAUGCUUUAUGCUUGUAUUAUUCA